UUCCCUUUUUGUUCGUCAACGUGUAACAUUUAGCGCUCGCCAUGUGAAAGAAACAAAGUUAAGAAAGUUCCGACUUACAUACAACGCACAAAGCGAGUCUCGAAUUCAUUCAUCACUCACACAGUCACACUCUCCCUCGUCGCGCUCAUGGCAUCAUCCAUUAUCAUUUCCGAUACUCAGCCAUGGAAGGACCUGAAGGCGCAUGUGGAGGACAUCAAGAAAACGCAUCUUCGCGAUCUGUUGACCGAUGAUAAGCGGUGCCAGUCCAUGUUCCUUGAGUUCGAUGACAUUCUGUUGGACUAUUCAAGGCAACAAGCCACUCCCGAAACUAUCCAAAAACUACUUAAAUUGGCGGAGGCUGCAUCGCUCAAAGAUAAGAUUAACCGCAUGUACAGCGGGGAACAUAUUAACAGCACGGAAAACAGGUCCGUGCUUCACGUCGCCCUUCGUGCUUCAAGGGAUGCUGUCAUACAAAGUGAUGGGAAAAAUGUUGUGCCAGAAGUUUGGAAAGUUCUUGACAACAUCCAGGAGUUCUCUGAGCGGGUUCGCAAUGGUUCUUGGGUUGGUGCUACAGGAAAGGCUUUGAAGGACGUUGUUGCAAUUGGUAUUGGGGGAAGCUUCUUGGGUCCGCUGUUUGUACACACUGCACUUCAAACAGACCCUGAUGCUAUUGAAUCUGCAAGGGGUCGUCAGCUGCGCUUUCUUGCAAAUGUGGAUCCCAUUGACGUUGCUAGAAAUAUCACAGGAUUAAAUCCUGAAACAACACUUGUUGUGGUUGUUUCAAAGACUUUUACAACAGCUGAAACCAUGCUGAAUGCUCGAACUCUUAGAGAAUGGAUAUCAUCUGCACUUGGGCCCUCUGCUGUUGCAAAGCAUAUGGUGGCUGUUAGCACAAAUCUCAAGCUUGUGGAACAGUUUGGUAUUGACCCUAACAAUGCUUUUGCGUUUUGGGAUUGGGUCGGUGGGCGAUACAGUGUUUGCAGUGCUGUUGGAGUUUUGCCAUUGUCUUUACAAUACGGUUUCUCAGUAAUAGAGAAGUUCUUAAGUGGGGCUUCAAGCAUUGAUCAACAUUUCUAUUCACAGCCCUUUGAAAGUAAUAUACCUGUGCUUCUGGGUUUGUUGAGCAUAUGGAAUGUUUCAUUUCUUGGAUAUCCUGCCAGAGCCAUCUUACCUUAUAGUCAAGCUCUGGAGAAGUUGGCCCCCCACAUUCAACAGGUUAGCAUGGAGAGUAAUGGCAAGGGUGUUUCAAUUGAUGGUGUUCCUCUACCAUUUGAGGCUGGCGAAAUUGAUUUUGGUGAACCAGGAACUAAUGGGCAGCAUAGCUUUUAUCAGCUCAUACAUCAGGGGCGUGUAAUUCCUUGUGAUUUUAUUGGAGUUGUAAAAAGUCAGCAACCUGUCUUUCUGAAAGGUGAAGUAGUGAGUAACCAUGAUGAGCUCAUGUCCAACUAUUUUGCACAACCUGAUGCCCUUGCAUAUGGAAAGACAGCAGACCAGCUGCAAAAGGAGAAUGUUUCCCCACACCUUAUUCCUCACAAGACAUUCAGCGGUAACCGACCUUCUCUCAGCCUACUGCUUCCAUCAUUGAAUGCUUACAAUAUUGGGCAGUUGUUGGCAAUCUAUGAACACAGAAUUGCUGUAGAGGGUUUCAUUUGGGGAAUCAAUUCUUUUGAUCAGUGGGGAGUAGAGCUGGGGAAGUCACUGGCUACUCAAGUCAGAAAACAACUUAAUGCAUCUCGAACAAAACAAGAACCAGUUCAAGGUUUUAAUUUCAGUACAACAACAAUGUUGAAUAGAUAUCUUCAGGCAAGUUUAGACAUCCCAGCGGAUCUGCCAACUUCUUUACCGAAGAUCUAAUAGCCUUUUUGCCAAUAGUUGUGUUCAUAAUGAAUAAUAAGAAAAUAAUCUGGUGAAUGUUAUAUAUACAGCACGCCUACGAACAUGUUUUUAUAUCCGUAUCGAUUUUAACUAGUUUAGCACGAUACGUGGUUAUCCUAUUCCCUUGCUGUCGAAUUAUCUUCUGCUGGAAAGUGAAAAGCAUUUUGGAUUCUAAA